CGUUUUGGAAGUUCUUUAUAGAGUCUUGUAACCGGCUGUUGCUUCACUGCAGAAGACUACGCUGUCUUUUUGGUGCAAAACUGUAGCGACGUCUGUGAUAGGAGAAAAGUUUUUGCACUCAGCCAACCAUCGUAGACCUUUGGUUUGCGGGUCUGCCCCCUCGACCAAUCAGAACGGGGAGCGCAAGACUGGCUGCGUGAUGAGCCCCACAACAUGGAACGUGUCUCCUCACUUUGACCGAUAUCAACAAAUAACAACAACAUUUAGCCUUCUGGACGCACAAGCUUUUGCAUACAUUCCCAAGCGGAGAGGAUAACGUGGAAACACUCGACAACUCAAGUUCCCAUUCGGGUCUCUUUUGUGUUCUUCCAUGAUCGGAGAGAAGCGGCUGUCCUUUGACACCCGGGUCCUCGCUCCAACAAUAUAACCGAGCCGUCAAGUCUGACGCUUCUCAGGCUAAAGAAGGUGACCCGGGGGUCCUCUUUUUUUACAUCUCGGCCAGCCUCCCCGCUUGGAGGGGUCUGUCUAUCUUUGGGUUUGGAGGAGGUAUGACCGCGCUGGCUGGGUCUUUUCCCAGGAUGAUGAGACCCACGCUGGCUCAGAACUACCCUCGCAGUGGCUUCCCGCUGGAAGUAUCAACUCCGCUGGGUCAAGGGCGAGUAAACCAGCUCGGUGGAGUUUUCAUAAAUGGCAGGCCUUUGCCCAACCACAUUCGACACAAGAUCGUGGAGAUGGCCCACCACGGCAUCAGACCGUGUGUCAUCUCCCGGCAGCUGCGGGUCUCCCACGGCUGCGUGUCCAAAAUCCUGUGCAGGUACCAGGAGACCGGCUCCAUCAGACCCGGGGCCAUCGGGGGCAGCAAACCAAAGCAGGCGACGACGCCGGACGUAGAGAAGAGAAUAGAAGAAUGCAAGCGGGAAAAUCCGGGUAUGUUUAGCUGGGAGAUUCGGGAUAAAUUACUGAAGGAUGGGAUAUGUCAUCGCGACAGUGUCCCCUCAGUCAGCUCCAUCAGUCGCGUAAUGCGCAGCAAGUUUGGGGGAAAAGACGACGAAGAGGAGGAUGAGGAUGACCUGGAGAAAAGUGAGCUGGAGGAAAUUGACCGCAGGGCCAAGCACAGCAUUGAAGGCAUCCUGGGAGACAGAUCGAGUCACUCAGAUGAGGCUUCAGACGUGGAGUCAGAACCUGAUCUGCCUUUGAAAAGGAAACAGCGGCGCAGUAGGACCACCUUUACGGCAGAGCAGCUGGAGGAGCUGGAGAGAGCCUUUGAGAGGACCCACUACCCCGACAUCUACACCAGGGAGGAGCUUGCCCAAAGGGCUAAACUGACUGAGGCCAGGGUGCAAGUAUGGUUCAGCAACCGAAGGGCCAGGUGGCGGAAACAAGCAGGGGCCAAUCAGCUGUUGUCCUUUAAUCACCUGAUCCCAGGGGGUUUCCCACCUUCAGCCAUGUCCAGCCUUACUCCUUACCAGCUCUCUGACAGCACCUACGCCUCUGCCUCCGUAGCGCAAGAGCCGCCCAGCACUCUACAUCGACCACAGCCUCUGCCGCCGUCGUCGGGCCACCAAGUGCCCAGUGCUGGAGGGCAAGGUGAAGGAAACUCUGCCUACUGCCUUGCCUCCGGACGCCACUCCUUCUCAGGAUACUCGGAAAGCUUUGUGAGCCCCGGGGGCCCGGCCAGUACCAUGAACCCCGGCAUUGGAAAUGGGCUCUCCCCGCAGGUAAUGGGUCUGCUGAAUCACGGCGGGGUUCCCCAUCAGCCGCAAAGCGACUACGCCAUCUCACCUCUAACUGGCGGUCUUGAACCACCUGCCAGCAUGGCCGCCAGUUGCAGCCAACGCAUGGAUCACUUCAAAGGUCUGGAGGGUCUCACCAGUGUUCCCUCCAUGUCAGCUCUGCCUUCCCUGCCCAGCUCCCAGUCCUACUGCCCUGCCUCCUACAGCUCGCAGAGCUACACGAUUGAUCACAUGGCGUCCUACCAGUAUGGCCAAUAUGGACAAAGUAAGGUCCCCUUCCUUAUCUGAGGCCAGAGAUCGCCUGACCCAAAGCUUUGAAUCCACAAAGAAUGAAGACGAUAAUUCUUCAACAGGACCAAAAUGAAUUGGAAUAUGUUCUUGGAUCCCGGAUAAGUUUAUUUUAUGCAAAGGACAAGCAGACAAGCUCUAAGAAGGGAACACAAGAAGGAAUACCAGACCAAAUAAACUGUUCAUCAACCGCGGACAUUUCUGUAUUAGGAGUGCAAAUGGACAGCAGACUUUUCAGCGCUUAACUUGGUCAGUUCUGCACAUGUGGCACUCUGACCAUCUUGACUUCUUAGUGAAGCUCUCUAAUCAUAAGCUCACUCCCUGUGAGUUUUUAAAAUUUUUUAUUUAAAAU